GUUUCUGUUCCACCAAUAGGGAGAGGCCAGUGGGCGGGGGUAGCUGCUUCCUGGAGACUACAGGUGUGGAAGCCUGCGCUAAGCCCUAGCAGGGACUGUCAGGAUGAAUGUGGGGGUGGCACACAGCGAAGUGAACCCCAACACUCGAGUGAUGAACAGCCGUGGCAUCUGGCUGGCCUACGUCAUCUUGGUAGGACUGCUGCACGUGGUUCUCCUCAGCAUUCCCUUCUUCAGCGUGCCUGUUGUCUGGACCCUGACCAACGUCCUCCACAACCUGGCUAUGUAUGUCUUCCUACAUACAGUGAAAGGGACGCCCUUUGAGACCCCCGACCAAGGGAAAGCCCGGCUACUGACACACUGGGAGCAGAUGGACUAUGGCCUCCAGUUUACUUCUUCUCGCAAGUUCCUCAGCAUCUCUCCUAUUGUACUCUACCUCCUGGCCAGCUUCUAUACCAAGUAUGAUGCUGCUCACUUUCUCAUCAACACAGCCUCGCUGCUCAGCGUACUACUGCCAAAAUUGCCCCAGUUCCACGGGGUUCGUCUUUUCGGGAUCAACAAGUACUGAGGGAUGGUGCAGGGAAAAGCACUAUAGGUGUGAGGAAGACAUUGGGACAAAGGCUCCUUCUUUAUGCUAUCUUCUAUCUCCUGAAUGCCUAACAAAAACUAUAAACCUUUCCGCACACUUCCAGGAAGAUAUUGGCAACUGGGGCUCCUUGAACCACCCAGUCAUGCCAGGGGCCGAUUUCUUUGAAUCAGGAAAAGCAGGUGAGGUAAAGGCCACGUCUCUUCUCCACAGUGGGAAACCAUGUUUUGGGGCAGCUUGUUUGGUGAUUACCUUUACCCAUACUUUCCACUCCCACCACCUCCCAGCUAUAUUUGAUUGUCUGUCUUCCUUAUAAUAAAGAUACUUUUUUCA